AUGAAGAAGUUGAUGCCCAUAAAACAGCCUGAAAGAGAGGCAGGGGUCAAUGGUAACAACAACAACAGCAGCAUGGCAAAUCAGAUUCAGAUGAAAGCUAGUAAUGUGGUGCAAAAUGUUCGACAAAGAUUCCUGCCUCUAAAACCUUGGCAUGAUUUCAACAGGGAUCUCCUGAAAGCUCAUCCACAACAGACAUACGAUGGGAAAAAAGAUGAGCUUCCAUGGCACACAUUGGAUGGACAAGGUAAUGGGAAGAAUAAUGGAGGAAAAUAA